AUGAUUGUGCCAAAUAAGUAUCCAUCUCAGAAAAGAGUCAGAAUUCCCACGAAAGGACUGCCAGCAGGGAGAAACCAUAUCACUGUUUGGAAUGUGGGAAGGGCUUCAAGUGGAAGAAAAGUCUCACUUCGCCAUCAAAUAAUUCAUACAGGGGAGAAGCCAUUUGAAUGCUUGGAAUGUGGUAAGAGCUUCAGCUGGAAGGAAAGUCUCACUUCCCAUCAAAGAAUCCAUACAGGAGAGAAACCACAUCAGUGCUUGGAAUGUGGGAAGAGCUUUAAUGCGAGCAGAAACUUGCGCCGCCAUCAAAGAAUUCACAGUGGGGAGAAACCAUAUCAGUGCUUGGAAUGUGGGAAGAGCUUUACUAGAAGCACGAGCUUCCGUUGUCAUCAAAGUAUCCACAGUGGAGAAAAACCAUAUCAGUGCUUGGAAUGCGGCAAAAGCUUUACGAGAAGCAUAUACUUCCAUCACCAUCAAACAGUGCACAGUGGGGAGAAACCGUAUCAAUGCUUAGAAUGUGGAAAGAGCUUCCGCUGCAAGAGAAGUCUCAUUUCUCAUCAACAAAUUCACACAGGGGUGAAAUCAUAAAAGCUGUGCCUUCUGGUGUAACCAAGUUCUGGUUUUCUCUCCAUCUUCCUCUCUUGCAAAUUUACUGUCGGCACUUAACCAUUACAUUUGUACAAAUACUAAACUGAUAAGACAAUCACUUUAAGCUUUCCAGUUCUAGUGGUAAGGGGCAAAUGAUGAGGAAGAGAGAGAAGGCCACCAGUUGCUUCCUGGUGGCCGUGGGAGAUGUUUUGUUGGGGCAGAAGUGCAGAGGAAGUGAGUGGAACCAUUCAUUGUUGACAGUUGCCCUCCAGCCAGAAAACUUCAAGACCGGCAUUGCUGAAGCAAACUGUGAGGGUGCCCUCCUUCAAGAUUGUGUGUAGAGUACUUUCUUUUGUGGGUUGAAUUGUCUGAGGGCACCUGGUGAGAGGAAGUAGCACAAGGGGGAGGUGUUUACCAUUCCACCCGCACGGGACGCGGGUGGCGCUGUGGUCUAAACCACUGAGUGACUUGGGCUUGCCAAUCAAUCGUAAGGUCAGCCAUUUGAAUUGGUGCAACGGGAUGAGCUCCCGUUGCCUUGUCCCAGCUCCUGCCAACCUAGCAGUUCAAAAGCAUACCAGCGUGAGUGA